UCACUUCUGGAGCCGGCCUCAAGUGGACGUUUGAGGAACUGGAGUUUGUUUUUGUUUUUUUUGGCACUUCUUUGCCUCCUCAGUUGUCGCCCAGUGUUUUAUUUUGAAAUCCACCACCGGAAGUCGCACGUCUCCACCUGUCUUUCGCUCGCUUGACUCUCUCUGUGUGGAGGAAGAAAAAAAAAAAAGCAAAUGGACCGACAACAAGAGGCGGCGGAACCGGAGAGCAGGAGGACCGGGAGUGGGAGCCCAAACGUCGGACAGACAUGGCGUGGCAGCGCGGAGGAGUAAAGGAGGUGAUCUGAGGAGCAGAGCGGAGCUGCAGGAGGAGAGCGGACCGUGUGGAGGAGCUCCAUUUCAAAGACACACACACACACAUAAACACACACAUACUGUGUGUUAUCUGCAGAGAGAAGUGUGUGUGUGACAGCAUACAAAGGCAGCUCAGCAUGAGUCGAGAUGGGUGGAUGAAGAAAAAAGCCAAUGCCGGUGGUGACAAUGGUUGGGCUGAGAGGGGCGGCUACAUGGCCGCCAAAGUGUCGAAGCUGGACGAGCAGUUUAAGCUGGACGCCCCCAGAGAAAAACAGAAGGAAGGAGCAUGCUCCAGCAUUUUCACCGGAGUGUCUAUCUAUGUCAACGGAUACACAGAGCCGAGUGCAGACGAGCUACGCCGGCUGAUGAUGCUGCACGGCGGGCAGUUCCACGUCUACUACUCGCGCUCCAAGACCACCCACAUCAUCGCCAACAAUCUGCCCAACAGCAAGAUCCAAGAACUCAAAGGGGAGAAGGUCAUCAAGCCGGAGUGGAUCACUGACAGUGUGAAGGCUGGGCGCCUGCUGCCGUACCUGCAGUACCAGCUGUACGCCAAACAGAAAGGCCCGCUCUUCCCCGGCGUGACUCUGCGGCAGACCUCGGAGACGGCAGGACCGAGCCACGGGCCGCUUCAGCCGAGCAUCCAUCCGCCACAGCGUUCGGCUCUCAACCACGAGCCGCCUUCACCCAGCUUCAACUCCAUCCCUCCUUACCCCAGCCACAGCCGACCUAGCCAAGGCAACGUCCAACCUCAGUCCAUCCAGCAAAGCUCUGCAGCUCGCUUCAUUAACCCCCAAUCCAGUCAUACAGAUCCCAGGCACAGAAGUCCUUUACACACAUACGUACCGUCUAACCCUCAUCCUAACCUCCUCCAGCAGCAGCAGCAGAGAGCCGGCCAACCACACACUCAGAUCAACUCUUCUUGCAGCCGUUCCCGGAGUGGCUGCAAGGAGGCGGAGUUAAAAAUAAACGGAUUAUUGCAGACCUCACCGGACAUGUUGAGCCUUUCACAAACAUCUGAAAUGCAAGAAGAUCCUCUCCCACUGACCAACGGACACACUCACCUCGUUAACGGUGCCUUAAAUCCAGAGGAGCUGUCGCCUGUUACAGACAAACCCUCCGUCGACAGGGACAAGAGUUCAGAGGAGAAACCUCAGAGUUCUCCAGGACAGUCUCAGACCAAACCUGACCCGUAUGAGUUCCCCCACAGUCCUCCAAAGCAAUCUGAGCAGAGACUUCCACCUCCACCUCCAACCUACCAGGAGGCUCUAAAAGCCACAGAAAGCCACGCACUGCUGAAACAGCUGCAGCCACCGUGUCAAGUGGAUUCAAAUCCUGAACAGACCUCCCCACUUCGACUGAACGGAGGUCACCACAGCUUCUCGUCUGACUCGACCAACGUGACAGCCAAACUUGAUCCUCCCACUGAAAAGUCGUCCUCCUCCUCAUCGUCGUCGUCGUCUUCAAAGUCUUCAGCUCAGCUGCUGGCACAGACGGGCGGUCUGAUCUCCGAGUACUACUCUCACUCACGGCUGCACCAGAUCUCCACGUGGAGGACCGGCUUCUCCGAAUACGUGAACGAGCUGCACAGUAAACGGAAAGCAGCGGGGACCACGUCGUUUCCUGGAAAAGAGCGGCUGAGGAAAUCGGUGGCUCAGCAGUCUGCAGACAGCCGAGGUACGUCUGCGAGUGUUAAGUCUUGUAUCCUUCAUGUGGACAUGGACUGUUUCUUUGUGUCUGUGGGCAUCCGACAUCAGCCAGAGCUCAAAGGGAAGCCCGUAGCUGUGACCAGUAACCGGGGAGAGGGCCGGGUGGCCCGGAGGGCCGGGGCCAACCCUCAGCUGGAGCUGCAGUACUACCAGAGGAGACACACUCAUCCUCAGCCUGAAAAGGCAGAUGAGGAUCUGUACAGAACUCCUUCACAAGAGAGUCCAGAGUCCCAUCCCAACGGAGUGGACCAGGAUGCUGCUGCUCUCUCCAUGGCAGAGAUUGCAUCCUGCAGCUACGAGGCCAGACAGGCGGGCGUGAGGAACGGGAUGUUUUUUGGCAAAGCCAAACAGCUGUGUCCCUCGCUGCAGUCCGUCCCGUAUGAUUUCGAGGCCUAUAAAGAGGUGGCUCUCACCAUGUAUGAGACUCUGGCAGGCUACACCCACGACAUCGAGGCUCUGAGCUGCGAUGAAGUGUUGAUAGACGGUUCCGCUCUGCUGGCCGAGUUGGGCGUUAGCCCAGAUGAUCUGGCCAAAGCCAUCAGAGCGGACAUCAAGGAGAAAACCAAAUGCUGUGCUUCAGUGGGCAUGGGGUCCAACAUCCUGUUGGCUCGGCUGGCGACCCGGAAGGCGAAACCAGAAGGGCAGUACUUCUUAAAGUCCGAAGAAGUGGACGACUUUAUCCGGGACCUGCCAGUGACCAGCCUGCCAGGUGUCGGGCCUGUGAUGGGCAGAAAGCUGGCUGCCAUGGGUGUGAGGUCAUGUGGAGACCUCCAGCAGGUGUCUCUGUCUCAGCUGCAGAAGAAGUUUGGACCCCGAACCGGACAAACCUUGUUCCGCUUCUGCAGGGGGCUUGACGAUCGUCCUGUCCGCUAUGAGAAGGAGAGGAAGUCCGUCUCCGCUGAGAUGAACUACAAUAUUCGCUUUAGCAGGGUCGAUGAGGCGGAGUGUUUCCUGACUAACUUGUCCAUGGAGGUGCAGAAGCGUUUACAGGAAGCAGGAUUGCGAGGUCGCAGAGUUACCCUGAAGGUGAUGGUGCGCAAGGUUGGAGCGCCGCUGGAACCGGCGAAAUACGGCGGUCACGGGAUAUGUGACAACCUAGCCAGGACUGUGAUGCUCGCUCAGUCCACUGACAGCGGUCAGCUGAUCGCCGCUGCCGUCAUCAAGCUGUUCCACACCAUGAAGCUACAGGUUCAGGACCUGCGAGGGAUCGGCAUCAUGGUUCAGCUUCUUGAAGGGAAUCACUCUGUCCAGCAGGACUCCACGGGAUCCCGGGCGCGCUCCAUCAAAGAGAUGUUGCUAAACAAGAGCUUAAACACGAGAUCCACCAACACAGGUUCGUGUCAAGUCUUCUGCUUUCAGUUCAUGUCUUUGUUGUUGUCGUCUGUGAAAUGGAUUGAGCUCAAGAUCCGUGUUACAGAUGCUGCUGACAACAGCACACGUCAGGAAAAGACUUCCUCGACUGCAGCACCGCGUCCUCCAUCCACCCCCGAGCCGGUCCCAGGGACGAGCAGAGACCAGCAGGCGUCCAGACGAACUCCAAAACACUCUCGAGCUCGUCUCAACUUGAGUAUCGAGGUCCCGUCUCCUUCACAGGUGGAUCGUUCUGUGCUGGAGGCCUUGCCUGCAGAGCUGAGAGAGCAAGUGGAGCAGUCGUGGACUAAUCGAAGCCACCGACGGUCACCCAGUCCACAGCCUCAGUCUCUCAAGACUCGUCCAACCACGCCUCCUUGUCCUCCUACAGCUGCUCCUGCAUUAUACACUCCACCCGUCGGCACAUUGGUCCUGCAGAUUCCAAACCAGCCAGACAGUCCCGGGAUCGUCCUUGAACUACCAAACUUCUCACAGGUUGAUCCGGACGUAUUUGCUGCCCUUCCCAAAGAGCUCCAGGAAGAACUGAAGUCUGCCUACAACCGUGUAACAAACGUCCAGCCCCAGGCAAAGAUGUCAGUGGAACAGAAGAAUCCACUGCUGCAGCUAAAACAGUCAGGAGUUGGACUCGGUCGGGUGAAGCGGCGCUACAAGAGAAAAAAUGCAGCGAGCCCGGUUAAAAGAUCUUCCCCCGUGAAGAGACGUCACACGGCGAUCAGCCCGGCCAAAACCUUACCGCCACUGGUGAAAUCACGGGAGCCGAUGAACAUAAUAAAGACUGAAAACAAUCCGUCCACGUCGGCCUCCAAACCAGACGUCCCAGAGACUCUGUCCAAAUACAUUCCUCGUCCUGCUCCGGCGUUAGCCGGAGCCUGCGAUCUGACGGACAUUAAAACGCUCCUACGGGAAUGGGUGACCACCAUAACAGAGCCCAUGGAGGAGGACAUCCUGCAGGUGGUGAAAUAUUGCACUGAUCUGAUCGACGAUAAAGAUCUGGAGAAGUUGGAUCUGAUUAUAAAAUACAUGAAAAGGCUCAUGCAGCAGUCGGUGGAGUCCGUGUGGAGCAUGGCGUUCGACUUCAUCCUCGACAACGUGCAGGUGGUGGUGCAGCAGGCUUACGGCAGCACGCUGAAGGUAGCGUGAAGACGACGGAGACGGGAAAAUCUUUUCACUGUUUGUUGCCAUGACGCCGCCACUUUUUGUUUUGGGUGCUUUCACCAAGGUCAGGACAAAACUUCACUUCACUGCAGCAUCACAUAUUCUCUGUACUUAAAGGUCCAGUGUGUCGUCACCUGAAAAUAACAAUUGUUGUUUGUUACGGCCACUGUGGGCGUGAGGCGAGGGGUAUUCAGGUGCUGCGAUCUGGCAGCCUCAUUGCUAAACGCCGCUACACACUAGUCCUUUUUAAAAAGGGACGAGUAACUGUAACUAAAAGGCAGGAAAUGUCCUCACUGAAACCCAGAACGGUGAUGAUCGUAGCAGCUUUUUGCAAAAGUUUCAUUUUUCAGUUCUUUUCUAAACAAACAAAGAAUCGUUUUGAAAGGUGCGUGAAGUUUUAUAUCCAGAUUUUGCAGGCAGCGAUGAACUGUUUCUUACACGUCCAGUCAAACCAGGUCUUAAAGUUUUCAUUUCUCCUCUGUGUAACUGAGGUUUGAAUAAUAAAUAAUGUCACACAGGCAGUUUUUAUUCAAUUAUGCAGAUGAAUCAGUCUGGGUUUAAAAUAAUGACUGUGACACACACAACCAUCAUCAGUCAGAGUUAGGCAGCGUUCAGGCAGGACAGGAAGUCGUAGCAGGUUGUCCGGGGGUGAGGGGGCUGAGGGGAGCGUAGGUGGGUUGCCGUGGGCGUGUCUAUAUGUGCUGAAUGUAACCGCUGUGAAACAAUCAAGAAGUAACUUUUUGAUUUUCUCCGACUUGAUCGAGGCCGGCGCUCUCUCACUCUGACUGUCGGACACAAAUCUAACUAAACUUCUUCCUGUCAUUAUAUUUCGUAAAUUUGCGAGUCAGACUCAGAUUUAGAAGCUGCUUCAUGGAAUAAACAAAGUGAGAACACACACAGGUAGUCUCAGAGUUUAGAUAGUCUCAGAGUUUAGAUAGUCUCAGAGUUUAGAUAGUCUCAGAGUUUAGAUAGUCUCAGGCUGUCUGUGGAGGUUUGACUGAUCUGAGUGUCUGAUUGGUGGCUGCAGCGUGACGUCGGACUCUGUUUUCCUCAAAAGUUGGAUCUGGAUCAACCUCUCCCCCCCCCACGGCAUGGACUGCUGGAGCCGAAAUGGACCACCUCCACUGAAAUGAAUGGGAGCUCCGGAUCCUGUGUGAGUCCAGUCCAAGAGAGUGUUCAGACAGGAUCCAGUGUCUGUUUGUGGCUGCGUUUGGUCCACCUGCAGCGGAGACGUCACACUACAGCAACCAAUCAGACCGCUCGGACCGGUCAGACCUCCACAGUCAGCCUGAAAUCUCAACUCUGAGACUGAGACUCUACCUGUUCACGCUUUGUUUAUUUCAUGAAGCAGCUUCUGAAUCUGAGUCUGACUGAAGUUUAUGAAACACCAAGAAGUUUGAUUUGGUUUGAGAGGGAGACUUGGACGAUGAAUGAGAGUGAGCGGGUGCUGGCCUCGAUAAAGUCGUUCACCUGCGAAAUAAAAAGUGAUUUCUUGAUUGUGUCACAGCAGAACACCUCACACCGCCACAGCGCCGGAUCCUGUCUGAACGCCUCCUCGUGAAAAUCCAUUUAUGGUAGAAAUCAAAUCAAAUUUUUCAUCCGCGUCAUGCUCUGACCUGAGAACUGCUGUCACAAAAAAAAGUCGUCUCUUUUUGAAGUGCCAAACUCUGUUAUUAAAAUAUGUAAAUAAUGUUUUUAUCGUUGAAAGUUUUAAAAGAAAAGAUGAAGGGGUCAAACCUCUUGUAUUGUUUACAUGUAGUGAUUUCUUAGUAACUGUCUUUAAAUUGUAAAUUUUCUCACUUUUAAUUGUCUGUCAGUGUUCAAACAUGGGUAGCUGGACAAAGCACUUCACGACCAGGUUAACUGUUGAUUCUCAGUAGCACUCUGACUCUGGGAGGUCGUCCAAGGGGGUUAUGGCAAUCAAUAAGUAGCCUAUGCAUAUCUUAUUUUCCACAGACAGUUAAACAUCUGAAUAUUGAAAUCAUGCUGGAUUUGUUUAGGGACAGGUGAUCGUAUGUACGGCUCAUGGCUCAUCGUCGUGUUUCUGUGAAGUUGACGUGCUCGGCAGAUGCAGCCGGCUGGUUGGUUGAAGAGUUUGAAGCAGUAUCUUUAUAUGCAAGCCAAAUCAGUCUGUCCUUUCCUUUUGUUUUGUUUGUUGACAUGAAUGUAACUCAGAAUGUGAAAGUCUCCGCUCACUUUCAACACGUUUGCUUCUCUUCACUCGUCAUAUCUUGCCAGAAGUUCAAACUGGCCGGUCCUGACUUCUCUAAACUGGCUCGUGCCUGAAGACCAGAAGCUGUGAACUUGUUUGUAAGUUUUUCUAAAUCUUGGUAAUAAACUGUAAACUCUGUAUU